CUCCCCCCAACUGCUGUCCUCACCAUACCCUGGGUUCCACUGCUCCAUCCCCCCCAGGCUAGAGCCUGAACGGGCCUCAUCUUCCCUUCCCGGCCCAGGGGUGGCUGAGUCUGCGCCACCCCUCUCCCAUCACCAACACCCUGUUCUCUGGCUGCUUCCUCAGGGCCUCACACAAGUCGUCACCCCUGUUCAAUCUCCUUGGGUUUCCGGGACCUUGUGGUCAGGAAGUUCGGACCCCAGGGUCUACUGCACCCUAAUGCAGAGAGUGAAGGGGCAGGAGAGGUGUGCGUUUAUGGGGCUGCCGCAAGUAGGAGCCUGGAUAGGAGCUGCAUACACCCAGCCACCGGGUGUGGUGACACCUACCUCCCUCUCCUCCAGAAGGGUCCUGGGGUGGGGUGGCCACUGCAGCCUGAGGAGGGCUUACAACAAGUGCAUGCCUGGCACUGUCCCUACCGCUCAUGUACCCCCAAACCCCUGGGUUCUAUCAGGCAGGGAGUGAGGCCCCUUUUGGGUAAAAACUACACCUCCCUCCCCCCAGCCAGCCCAGUUAAGUAGCAUCCUUGGCCCAAAUGGCCCAGAAGGGUGGAGGUUACAGCCCCAGGGCAUCAUCCCCUCAUCCCCUCCCCGCCCCCACUUGGCCUGGAGAGUCAAGGCCAGUGUGGAUCUUGGGGGAAUGACACUUCCUCGUCCUAGGGCCCAAGGCCUAAGUAGGGGAUGGCUCUUCCCAGGAAGUGGUGUGGAAGCUCCUGGUUUCUCCUCAGCUGCUGUGGCUCCAGUAGCUAAUGGGAGACCCAGCCCCUCGCUUCAAACAGCGCAGGGGGGGCCUUUAGAACAAACUGCAGUCUGCAAUACCAGCCAAUCCAAGCGGACUCCUCUUGGCCGUCGGAGCUCCUCUCUCCCCGCUGGGUACACCUGCCCGGCCCCCGCCCUCACCCGCUGCCUACCUAACAAGCCGCUCAUGAGGCCACGGGCCCAGUGGGCAAGCCGGCAACGACACAGCCGGGGCUCCCACGGCAGGCAGCCUCGGCAGGGGGUUAUCCGCACCGGGCCGAGGCCCAGACACCGAUGCGGCUUCUCCCGCCCUCCCGCCGGCCCCACUGCGCCCUGGCUCCGCUCUCCACUCGAGGGCCUCGCGCUGGGUGUUCCAAGGGCACAUUUCCAAACAAGGAUCACGGGGAGCGGGGAGAGGCCGUCCUACCACACACAAAACAGCCCCCAGCCCCGCGAGCGGGCGCCCAGGCGCGCCUACAGGACCGCGAACACACGGACGCAACUCCGGGCUCACGCAUGCGCGGAACCACCCGCCUCCCUCGGUUCCCCCCGGGCUUUUCCCGCGCCUGCGCUACGUCCCCCAGGCCGCUAGGGGGCAAGCGGCCUGCCUUCACACGGGGAAAGCCGUAACCCGGAAGCAGCCGCUAACCCGGAAGAGCUGGUGGUGUAGGGCUUCGCUGGCGGUGGUGGCGGCCCCUGCGACUUUGGAGGCUAGUGCGGCGCUAGGAUGAACGCCCCUCCCGCCUUCGAGUCGUUCUUGCUCUUCGAGGGUGAGAAAAAGAUCACCAUUAACAAGGACACCAAGGUACCCAAUGCCUGUUUGUUCACCAUCAACAAAGAAGACCACACGCUGGGAAACAUCAUUAAGUCCGCCGUCUCUCUGUACUGGCUCAUUUCCCUGACGGUAGGAAGCGAACGUGCGGCAAGCCAGACAAACGUGGGCCUGCUCGUGUCUGUGUUGCGGAGCGGGGAGCAGCAGUCAGGGCUGUCACCCACCCCCCUUGGGGACGAUGACCUCUGGGACACCUGGCACGCAAAGACAGAUGCGCCAGAGAUCGGAUCUUAUGAGGAGGAGGGGAGAAGACAGCUGCUGAAGGACCCGCAGGUGCUGUUUGCUGGCUACAAAGUCCCCCACCCCUUGGAGCACAAGAUCAUCAUCCGAGUGCAGACCACCCCGGACUACAGCCCGCAGGAGGCCUUCACCAACGCCAUCACGGACCUCAUCAGCGAGCUGUCCCUGCUGGAGGAGCGAUUCCGGGUGGCCAUUAAAGACAAGCAAGAAGGCAUCGAAUAGGAGGCUGGGAGAGUCUUGCUUGGCUAGUUCCUACCCUGCACUGGAACCUUCUAGGAGAGCAGCUUACCCAGCUUCGGGGACAUCCUGGUGAGCCCCUUCCCGCCGG